AUGCACCCCGCCCUCCUCCUCUCCGCGGCCAUUCCUCUGCUCGGCCUCGCAGGCGUCGCCGCGUCGGGCCCCGCCUGCCCGGCGCAGGUCGUCAGGGUCACCACAGAGGAUGGCAGGGUGUUCUUCGGCAUCCCUGCCGCUUUCGGGCCCCUGCCCGACUCUGGGCUUGGCUCGCCGUCGGGCAUCGCCCUGGCCGAUCCCCGGCUGGCCUGCAGCCCGGUGACCCUCAGCCGAUCGGGAUUCCAGCGAUUGGUCGUGGUCGUCCAACGCGGGGAGUGCGCCGCGACGGUGAAGGCCAGGAUGGCGCAGGAGGCGGGCGCCGCGGCCGUGCUUAUGUUCGACAAUCGCACGGGAGCGGGCCCCACCUGCAUGAUCGCUGGGGAUGAGGAUUCUGCCUCUGGGCUUGGCAUACCGUUCGCGUCCCUGGGCGAGGUGGCGGGGGCGGAGCUGGUGAGGGAAGCGGGCGGCGGCGGGAGGGUGAGGAUCGAUGUCCUGGCGCCGCACAGGCUGACGAGCGCCGUCGCCCUGUGGGCGAUCGCGGUGGCGUCGGUGGCCGGGGGGGCGCUGUGGGCCGGGCGCGACCACCGCGAUGCGCGGGACGGGCGGCCGAAGCCGGACCAGCUGAAUGGCGGCUCGCCGGGCGGGCACUACAUCAUCACGGAGCGCGCGGCGGUGGCCUUUGUGGCCAUGGCGUCCGUGGCCCUGGUGGUCCUGUUCUUCGCCAUGGGCGCCGUGGUGUACUACAUCCUGCUGGGCGUGUUCUGCCUCCUAGCCGUAGAGUCCCUGUGCGUCGCCCUGGGUGCCGCCAUAAAUCGGGCAGCUCCCGCCCUGAGGCGUCGCACGGCCCAGGUGCCCUGCCUGGGCGAGGUCCAGCUGUCCCAACUGUUCGCCCUGCCGGCUGCCGUGUGCAUCGCUACUGCCUGGGCCAUUUUCAGGAAUUCCUCGUGGGGCUGGGCGCUCCAGGACGGAAUCGGGCUCUCCCUAAUGCUGCUGGCCCUCAGGCUGGUGAAGAUCCCCAACCUGAAGGUGGGGACCAUCCUGCUGACGCUCUUCCUGGCCUACGACGUGUUCUGGGUGUUCAUCCAGCCACUGCUCAUCCCGAAACGCGGCAGCCUGAUGGUGGACGUGGCCACUGCAAGCGGGCUGGAUGAGUACAUGCCCAUGGUGUUCCGAGUGCCCAGCAUCUGGGACCCCGCCGCGGGGGAGUACAGUAUCCUCGGCUACGGGGAUGUGCUGCUGCCGGGCAUCCUGGUUGCCUACACCCGCAGGGUGGACAUCGACCUGAACAAGGCCCCAGCCAAUGGUUACUUUCCCUACACAUGCCUGGCCUAUGGCCUGGGACUAAUCGCCACCUACGGGGCGCAGUACCUUCGGGUGGGGGGCAGCCGGGGGCAGCCCGCUCUGCUGUACUUGGUGCCCUUCACGCUGGGCACAGUGUUGCUGCUGUCUUGGAGGAGGCGGGAGAGCCUGAUGAGCCACGGGAGGUGGGCAGAAGAGUGGGGUCGGGGGAGCGAUGAGGACGAGGGGGAGCUGACCUCAGCAGGGUCUCGAUCAGGGAGUGUCGUGAAUGGGCGGCUUGCCUCUGGGGACCUUGGGGAGAGGGCUGCGCUGUUAGAAAGGACACCUGCUCAAUCAAUGGUGUAG